CUUGUUUUUUAUUACUGUUUUGAAGGACGCCUGAAAUAUUUGAAAACUGAACGAUUUAGGCCAAGCCAAAGCAUUCUGUCUUCCCAGAGGCACUGGUCAAAGCCAGAGCAUUCAUCAUGGUGAAGGCUGGCUGCUGGCUGCUGGUUCUUUUUGUGGCUACAUGGAGUGACUCUGGCCUCUGCAAGAAGCGACCAAAACCAGGAGGAGGGUGGAACACUGGGGGCAGCCGUUACCCAUCCCACAGCGGGGGGACCUGGGGCCAGCCCCAUGGUGGUGGCUGGGGACAGCCUCACGGCGGUAGCUGGGGCCAGCCCCACGGCGGUGGCUGGGGCCAGCCCCAUGGUGGUGGCUGGGGUCAUGGAGGUGGCAGCUACAGUCAGUGGAACAAACCCAGUAAGCCCAAAACCAACAUGAAGCACGUGGCGGGUGCCGCGGCGGCUGGGGCAGUAGUGGGGGGUCUCGGCGGCUACAUGCUGGGGAGCGCCAUGAGCAGGCCCCUCAUUCAUUUCAGCAAUGACUACGAGGACCGUUACUACCGUGAAAACAUGUACCGUUACCCCAACCAAGUGUACUACAAGCCUGUGGAUCAGUACAACAGCCAGAACAGCUUUGUGCAGGACUGCGUCAAUAUCACGAUCAAGCAGCACACGGUCACCACCACCACUAAAGGGGAGAACUUCACCGAGACCGAUGUGAAGAUAAUGGAGCGCGUGCUGGAGCAGAUGUGCACCACGCAAUACCAGAAGGAGUCGCGGGCCUACUACUACCACGGCAGGGCUGGCUUGGUGCUCUUCUCCUCCCCACCUGUGAUCCUCCUCAUCUCCUUCCUCAUUUUCCUGAUAGUUGGAUGAGGAAGACUUCCUAUUUGUACCAUCUUCUUCAUCUUGGUCCAGGUUGGGGGAGGGGUAUCCAGCUGCAGCCCUUUUAGUGGUGGCAUCUCAUUCUUGCUUCUCUCUUUGUCCCCUAUAGGCUAAUACCCUUGGCACCAAAGGGCACUGGAAAACGUAGGGUAGACCCAGAUGCUAUUUAUUCAAGGCCCCUUUGAGUCCUUCGUUGGCCAUUGCAGGCCGGUAAGAGUAUAACAGCAAAUAAUCAGCGGUUAGUGUAGGUUUAUUUUUGGCCUAGUGCACCGGGUUGAGGCUGAAGCAGAUCUCCAGUUGUCAAAUAUCUUUGCCUGAACUUCUGUGGCUCCUUCAGUAGCCAGAGCUCAGGACAUGAAUGUUGCAGCUUAGCAAUGAUUUUUAUAGCAGUUUGGAAAUUUUUUCUCUUCCACUCUAAGAAAACCUCACAGCAUUUCUGCCGAAUUUUAAGAAAAGGCCACAUGAUACUCAUUCAAAAGAUGGAAAAGCAAACAAUAGAAAUCCUUCACCCUCGGGCUGCAAGCUCAGCCUGCGGGAAUAUGUCCUGUGUCCACAGAGAGCCUUUGCCAUGGGGGCUGCACAGCAGUUGCUGCAUCAAGAGGAAAAAACUGCAACCCUAGGCCUCCAAGCGGAGGCCACACUCACAGAAGGUGAGCGUGACUGUGACACAGACCGGAGGCUUCUGGGACUGAAGGCGCCAGCGUUUACGAAUGUUGCCCUUGGAGACAGCCUCCCGUGUGGGAUGGGUAAGGCAUCCACACGCGGCACCCUUUCUUUAGAAACAUAAACACAGGUACCCGAGGCAGCACAGAAAUUACUUACCUUCUACGCACUGAAGGCAAAGUUUCUUUGUUCAUUUACUGGACACUAGAAUGAUUUUAGCCUUGUUUGGGAGGAACCAGGAGAUGGCAACUCCCGGGAAAGCUGCAGUUGCAAAGCACGGGCCUCUGGAGGAUUACGUAAGAAAAAGUGUCACGGUGCAGGCCAGAAGGCUCACGUUUCUUCAUUUCUGCCUCAGAAUUGUGCAAAACCAGAAUUAGGUCGAGUCCUUAGUUCCUAUAAUUUGCUUUUAAAUCAAAGAACAAGGAGACAAUCUAAAAAAAUAAGUUGCAGAUGACAGAAAUAUCCAUUCCAAGUGGAAGAAGAAAUUCUAUUACUAUUGUCAAAUUAAGGUCAAUUCUUCACUAAAUUAUUUAGUACUGUCACCUAGCAAAUAUCUAUUACUAUUCUGCAAUGUUAUUGGCUUGCACUAUGUGGGUAUUCUAUGUAAAACGUAUCUGUAAAAUACAUAUUGCAUAUGGCAAACUUAGAAGUUUUGUUUAGAGCAGUAACAUCUGAAGUGUCUAAUGCAUUAGCCAUUUUGUAAGGCAUUAAAUAAACCUAAAAUGUGGGAACCCUUUUGCAUAGCCCUUAAGCUUAUAAUGUGCACUGAACAGUUUUGUAUAAAAGUCCAAAGUGGACACCACUAACUGGUCUUGGAAAUAUGCAUGUACUUUAUAUUUUCUAUAUUUGUAACUUCGCAUGUACUUGUUUUGUUGUAUAAGAAGUUUGUACGUGUUUACUAUCUGACUGAAAUUAAACCUAGCUACAGUGACCACA